GCCAUCGUAUGAGUCGGCAUUGUAUUGGCACAUGCCAUAAAUCAUGCCAAUGAGCAAGUUCAAGGCGUUUCAACCACAAGUUUUUAUCCAUCCAAAUUCAAAUAUGCCACGCCAAUAUGAUCUCCUCUACUUUCUAGCCUCAAACUUAAAAUAAUCAUUCCGCAUUUUCACACCAACACUAUACAUACUCUACAACUUAAUUUCACGCCAUGCCAUCAACCAUAGAAUUCAGCAUCUAUAAAUACUCCAAAAACCUUUAAGACCUCUUCACAGUAGCCAACAAAUCAAAUACACUACAUACCCUCUAAAGUUUGUUCAAUUCGAUACUAUACUUGUACUAUAUAGUUGGCAUUAUAAUUAAUAACAAGGAAUCAAUGGCUGCACCUUGGUCAUGUUGUUUACUUGCGGUGCUCGUUUUGAUGUCAGUUAUUGAAUCAGAAAGCAGAGUAGCAAGGAAGGAUUUGGGUUUGGACCUCGGUGGGUUGGGAAUUGGACUUGGUGCAGGAGUAGGCUUGGGAAUUGGAGGUGGCAGUGGCUCUGGAGCCGGAGCAGGAGCUGGCUCUGGAGCCGGAGCAGGAGCUGGCUCUGGCUCUGGUUCUAGUUCUUCCUCAAGUUCAUCAUCAUCUUCAUCUUCUAGUUCCGGUUCCGGUUCUGGGGCAGGGUCGGAGGCAGGCUCAUAUGCAGGCUCUCGGGCUGGUUCGGGAUCAGGUGGUAGAAGUCGCAGUGGUGGUCGUGGUGGUGGUGGG